AACAGUAACAAUCACGCAGUGAUCAUAUGACCGACCAUUUCCGGUUGACAAGAUGGACAUCAAUGGUGUAGUAGGAAUCAUCACUGCCGUUUGGGCAUUUAUUGGCAUUAUUUUGCCUAUUCUGAUUCAGUUUUUAAUGUGGCGAUCACCUCACAAAGGCAUUGUCCAGGUAUGCCUGAUAUUGACCGCAGCUUGCUGCUAUCUCUUCUGGCUGUCAGCAUACUUGUCCCAGCUCAAUCCAUUGAUCGGGCCACAACUUGAAACAGGUUUAAUUCGAAUGAUCCAGUUUGAGUGGGAUGGGAUGCAUCAUAGUGAAUAAAACAGAUGGCUUGAUGGUUCAUGGAUUGAAUGUAAAUGCUGGAACAAAAUCAACCACCCUGGUUUUACAUUUUCGUGGCUGUGAUUUCUUCUGUCCAUUCCUGUCCUUUUGUGCUAUGUCAUCAUUUGCUUCAGUUACCAAACACAAGGAUGUGCAUGCAUUGAGAAACUUGUGGGCUAAACAUUUUGAUAAAAAAACACUUUUGUCAGCAUAGAUGAAGCAAUGUUCAUUUCAUUAACCUUUCUUUAACUUAUCAUUUUAUGAUUUAGACUACAAAAUACUUUGUGUAAACUUUAGAUGACACCUUGGAGUAAUGUGUCACGAAGAAGACUUGCAUUUUAGUUCCUUUGAGUUCUGAUGAAAAUUUGUAGAGGGCACAUUUUGAAUACUGCUGACCCAGCAAUGCAUAAGCAAUUGAAUUUGGUGUUUUUAAUUUCUUUUUACCUUUCAGCACUUUAGAUGUAAGCACUGUUUUCUCAAAUAUUCUGGAAGCACUAAAACAAAUGUGACAUGCUCAUCUAACUUUAAGAUAUUCAGAGGAAGAAUUUUUUUUAUAGCUGCAUCCCUAGAUUUUUUUUAGGGGGAGGGAUCACCCAUAUUUAUUUUUCAGCUUGUGGCAUUGAUAGUCUCUCGUGUAAAUAUACAUCACAGAACAUUUAACAUAGAUAAAUAAAAUGAUGUAAUGAUUGUACAUUUCAUGUUGGCAACACAUGUUGUCAUUGGAAUAUAUUUUAGGUGAAGCUGUAGAAUAAACAAAAAAUUCUUGCAUA